AGGUCAGAGGAGGUAGUAACAGUAAUGGGGUUUGCAGUGGCAAACCUGGACUUGAUCUUAGUCCCAGCAGGUCUCUUGAUGAUGUUCACCUACCAUCUCUACCUCAUCUAUCAAAUCCUAAAAUAUCCUUCAACAACAGUAAUUGGCUUUGAGAACCUCAACAGGAUUGCAUGGGUUGAACAUAUGAUGCAGGGUGGGGGUAACACAAGCUUAGCACUAAACGUGAUAUCAAUUAAUGUAUGGGGUGUGAUCUACUUGGCUAUUAUUACCCUUACACUGACCUCUCUCAUAGGAGCAUUAUUGGGAAACCCAUCUAGCUUUCUCUCCCAGGAUAAUGUGUUAAUACUUGGAGACACAAGCUCCACCACAGUUUCCCUCAAGUACAUAAGCAUACUCUUAUCUUUCAUUCUUGCCUUUGGGUCGUUUGUUCAGUCGGCAAGGUACUUCGUCCAGGCUGAUUUCUACAUUAGCACGCCGAUCGCGAACAUGCCGGUGAAUCAAGUGCAGCGAUCGGUGAUUAGGGCCAAUAAUUUCUGGCAUCUUGGGUUGAGGCUGCUUUACUUUGCCAUGGCUUUCUUGUUUUGGAGUUUUGGGCCAAUACCGAUGUUUGUAUCGAUCAUGAUUAUGGUGGUGCUUUUGUUUUUCUUGGACUCCAAUUCUACACCAUUGCAUCACUAUCGGCCGGCGGCCAAGCAUCCGGAGAAGAAGAAGGUGGAGGAUUAGGCCAGUUGACCUUAAUUUGUUUGUGUAUUAAUAAAGAAGUUCCAAAAUAUCCUUCUUCUUUCUUUUUUUUUCUGUUAAUGUCUCCCAUAUGGUUUUAUCAUUGACUUAACUGAUGUUAUUGUUUUGUAAAACAAAUAUUGGGAA